UCGUUUCUUCUGCCGCCACUGGUGUAAUUCUAGUGAUCGUAUAGCACAUAGAGAUCGUCAGAAAGAGAACAGACAUGCUUCUUUCCCGGUCGAUUGCUGCAGCGCUGCGCCCGGGCGCCCUGCGGAGCCUCUCCCAGCAGGGCCAGUCUGGUCGCAUUUUCGCGGCACGCGUCGCGGGCGCGCACCGGCCGCAGCAUGGGCUGGUGCGACACCGCAGCAGUGACAGUGGCAUCGUUCAGAGCGUUUUGCGGCACCUGAGCACGGCCACCCCCGACGACGACGGCGGCCAGGCGCAAGGCCACCCGCGCGACGGCCGCCCUUCGCUCUUCUCCAAAAAAACCGUGGACUUCGCGGCCGUCUUGGAAGAGUACGAGCACCCCACACCAGCUAGAAUCUCCCAGAAGAACCAACGAAGGCGCUUCAGCGCGGCGCGGCGUCCCCGCAUCACCCGCGCCGUCGACGCGACGACUCCACGGCCGCGCGCGCAGGCGAAUUUAGUAAUGAGACACUGGCGGUCAUGGCGUCGCUGGGCGUCCACGGCGCGUCGAAGGAACGCAUGCUCCGGGAAAUUAUGCGGGUGGACGGUGUCUCGUACGUCGAGGCCUACGCGGUGCUCGCGAAGAUGAAUUUACAUCUGGAAGGCGGGACUUCAUUACAUAAGUUACCGUACCAAGCGAUCAUCGCGGGCGCUUGGGCGCUCGGCGUCGUUCUUAUACCUUUAGGAGUGUUCCAGAAGGACCUGGCGAUAUGGUUCGCUACCGAACAUGUUGGGGUAGAAUUACCUCCUAUGAGUGAAAUCGACACGGUCUGGAAGGUGGGCACCUGGACGUGGCAGUGGAUGGAGCCCAUCAUUGGCACGUGGUCCUUUGUGCUGCUGGCGCUGCAGUUGAUCCGGGCGAACGGUCUACAGAUUGACGCGAAGCCCUUCAACGAGCGGAUCCUGACGGCGCGCGCGGACGAUUUGUACAAGCAGUUUCCUGAAUACGAACGCGAAAUUGUGAGAGACUACUCGAAGUCGGACCCGUUCGGGCGGGACACGUAUAGGGCCCGUCUCGGCUACCCGGCGAACUCCGUGCUGCCCCUCAAUCGCUUUUCCCGAUGAUCAUUUGUACGUACUAAUACUUGGUUUUAUGAGUCUAGCUAUAGGGCCGUCGA